AUGGUGGAAACGCACCGGGUUCCCGGCAGUCCAAAAGGGGCCUCGCCAGAACGCGACCAUGUCGCAACAACGCACUCACAAACCGACGAGAACGCGCCAUCAACUGCAAUUGACCAAGCAGAUCCACAUAUCGAGGCUGAUGAUGCGACGUCUGUGGAUGGCUACGAAUCCGCCAGCAGUCGCGGUUCCAGCACAGCAACAUCGCUUUCUUCCAGCAUCAGAGAUUUCAAUUUCGAAAAUAGACGCCGAUACCAUAAGUAUAAAGAAGGUCAAUACCACUUCCCGAACGAUGAACCGGAGCAAGAGCGCGAAAACAUGAAACAUCAUAUGAUUGUUGCUCUAUGUGAUAGUAAACUACAUAACGCACCUAUCAAUAGCCCUCAGAAAAUUCUUGACAUUGGUACAGGUACUGGAAUAUGGGCUAUCGAGAUGGGUGAAACGUACCCUGAGGCUGAUGUUGAGGGCAUUGAUUUGAGCCCAAUUCAGCCGCAAUUUGUGCCUCCAAAUGUUCGCUUCAUUGUGGAUGAUGCUGAGGCACGAUGGCUAUAUGCAAAUGAUUCUGUCGACUAUAUACAUCUCCGUCACAUGGCGCCAUCUAUCAAAGACUGGCCUAAGUUGCUGAGCCAGGCCUACAGGGCUCUCAAGCCGGGUGCUUGGCUGGAAAUUCAAGACAUAGUGCCCGAAUGCAAGUGCGAUGACGGCACCAUGCCACAGGGACAACAGUAUGCGCCCGCAAAGAUGAUGGAUCUCAUCAAAGAUGGACUUGCGCAGUUUGGUGUAGAUUUGAGGGCAGGAAAAAGCCACGAGGGCCGGAUCAAGGCUGCUGGCUUCCAGAAUCUGGUCCACGACACCAAGAAGGUUCCUGUCGGCACUUGGCCAAAGGACUCUCGCUUGAAGUCCAUCGGAUCUUAUGCCCGCGCAGUCAUCUAUGACGGGUUGCAUGGUAACACCAUUGGGCCUUUUACCAGAGGAUUGGGGUGGAAUCCAGUGGAAGUAGAGGUUUUUCUUGUCCAAUGUCGUAAGGAGAUGUUGGAUGACAGCAUCCAUCCCUAUAUCUUCUAUCACUCUUACUCGGCACAAAAGCCGCUGGCAAAAGAGUGA